AUGGAGUCAGACGACCAGGCUCCACCAGGAGGGCCGGACGGGGCGGAGCAGCCGGAGCAGCCGCCGGAGCCACCGCAGCCACCGCAGGCGGAGCCACCGGGAGCAGAGCCACACGAGCCACCGGAACCCUCCGGUUCAGAUGGGAAGCCUUCGGCUCCAGAGCCUCCUGUGGACGCUCUCGCCACGGCGGAGCCCAACACGGAGCCCAACACGGAGCUCCCGGCGAGCCCUGAGACUGAGGGUCCCGCCCUGGAGGAGGGCACGACGCUGCAGGGAGCCGAGGCCGCUCAGCCGGAGAUGGAGGCGCAGCCCGUCGAGCCCGGCGGCGAGCCCGUCAGCGAGCCCGUCGGCGAGUUUGGGGCGCCUGGCAGCCUGGAGCCAGCAAUGGCACCUCCAGCGCCGGGAGGAGCACCGGACGGUGAAGCCACAGCUGCAGCGGAAGCCCCAGCUCCAAAGACCGAGCCCGACAUGAACGGCGAAGCAACCCACUCCACACCCGAGACUGGAACAUCCGAAGCUGCCGCGAAUCCAUCGAAUGGAGCUGAUGACCCAGCCUACAAGCACUCUAUUGACCUGCCCCCUCGAUGGAGCAUCCGUCCUAAGACGAAUUUUGGAUCUCCGUUCAAAUCCUCAAAGCAGGCGGAUGAAGGCGGCAUGGCGCCUGACAUGAGCUCCAAGUACAACGAAAUCAGACCUCGGGCACCAGCCUACAGCAUGAUUCCACGGAGCUCUGGCAUCACCAAGACAUCAGAUCAGCCGGGGCCGGGUGAGUACGCACAGCCCAGCACGCUCUAUGGCUCGCACCCGCAACUACCGGUACCUGGCCGGGUCUGCAAAUCAACGCAGCGCCGCACUGGACCUACGGAUCAGUUGGGGGAGAUGAAGAACAACCCGAGUCCACAUGACUAUGACAUCGUGUGCUCAGGGCCAGACAAAUCCCACAAGUUUGGCCGUGUGGAUCAGGCAUCCGCGCCAAAGUUCACGAUGCGCGCAAAGGUUGCUUUCGGAUCCCAGUUCAAAUCGUCAAAGCAGGCGGAAGAAGGUGGUAUGGCAGGUGACAUGAGCUCCAAGUACAACGAAAUCAGACCUCGGGCACCAGCCUACAGCAUGAUUCCACGGAGCUCUGGCAUCACCAAGACAUCAGAUCAGCCGGGGCCGGGCGAGUACGCACAGCCUAGCACGCUCUAUGGCUCGCACCCGCAACUACCGGUACCUGGCCGGGUCUGCAAAUCAACGCAGCGCCGCACUGGACCCACGGAUCAGUUGGGGGAGAUGAAGAACAACCCGAGUCCACAUGACUAUGACAUCGUGUGCUCAGGGCCAGACAAAUCCCACAAGUUUGGCCGUGUGGAUCAGGCAUCCGCGCCAAAGUUCACGAUGCGCGCAAAGGUUGCUUUCGGAUCCCAGUUCAAAUCGUCAAAGCAGGCGGAAGAAGGUGGUAUGGCAGGUGACAUGAGCUCCAAGUACAACGAAAUCAGACCUCGGGCACCAGCCUAUAGCAUGAUUCCACGGAGCUCUGGCAUCACCAAGACAUCAGAUCAGCCGGGGCCGGGCGAGUACGCACAGCCUAGCACGCUCUAUGGCUCGCACCCGCAACUACCGGUACCUGGCCGGGUCUGCAAAUCAACGCAGCGCCGCACUGGACCCACGGAUCAGUUGGGGGAGAUGAAGAACAACCCGAGUCCACAUGACUAUGACAUCGUGUGCUCAGGGCCAGACAAAUCCCACAAGUUUGGCCGUGUGGAUCAGGCAUCCGCGCCAAAGUUCACGAUGCGCGCAAAGGUUGCUUUCGGAUCCCAGUUCAAAUCGUCAAAGCAGGCGGAAGAAGGUGGUAUGGCAGGUGACAUGAGCUCCAAGUACAACGAAAUCAGACCUCGGGCACCAGCCUACAGCAUGAUUCCACGGAGCUCUGGCAUCACUAAGACAUCAGAUCAGCCGGGGCCCGGACAGUAUUUGCUGCCGAGCACGUUGCUUCGUAGCAUUAGUCAUUUGGUUUUGGGCUUGGUGAGGGACAUUAUUGAAGAACUGCGACAUCGUCCUAGCACUAUAUACUCGUAG